AGAGCGCCGCGCGCGUCGGAGGAGUUGGGAGCCGGCGCAAAAGUUUCCUCCCAACUCCGGCCCCGCGCGCCGCCGCCGCCGCCCACUCCAGCCCGGGGCCUGGGGCCGGCCCUGCCACAGUCGCCAGGGCCACCGCCAGAGGCAGGGCCGGGCCGGGCCGGGCCGCGCCCGCAGUUUCACUUUGGCGCGUGGAGCCUCUGACUGCACCCGGCCGACCCUCCGCGUCCCCGCGUCUCCGCGCCCGUGUUCCCGCCCUCGGCCUCCCGUGGGGCUGCAGGGGAGCAGCCGUGGGUCCGGGCCCCGGAGGCACGCGCCAGACAGCGUCGUAUCCGCCUCAGGUCCCCGGACUGAGGGGCUGCGCCCGGGGGGCAGGCACCUGUUCGGCCCGGCCCCGCGCGGGAGCCGGGGGCCAGGAUGAAAGUGACAGUGUGCUUCGGGAGGACCGGCAUCGUGGUGCCCUGCAAGGACGGCCAGCUGCGCGUCAGCGAGCUCACCCAGCAGGCGCUGCAGCGGUACCUGAAGACCCGGGACCAGGAUCCUGGAUACUGGGUGAAGAUUCAUCACUUGGAAUACACAGAUGGAGGAAUCCUGGAUCCAGAUGAUGUCUUAGCAGAUGUCGUUGAAGAUAAAGAUAAGCUGAUUGCUGUGUUUGACGAACAAGAGCCACUCCAAAAGAUUGAGAGCCCCAGUGGAAACCCUGUGGAUCGGCAGAGCCCAGAUGCUUUCGACACAGAAGUGGCUGCCCAACUGGCUGCGUUUAAACCAAUCGGCGGGGAAAUUGUAGUAACCCCUUCUGCUCUGAAGUUAGGCACUCCGCUGCUGGUUAGGAGAAGCAGUGACCCAGCACCAGGGCCCCAUGCUGAUGCCCAGCCAAGCACUGCAAGCCCCAGUGGCCAGAGCUUGAAACCUGUUGUUCUGGAUUCUGCCCAGAACUUGGAAAACAGAGACGUUAUGAAUGGUGAACAGACAGGGCUACUUAUGCUGCACAAAACGAAGAAUGAACUGAGUGAUAUGACGAGAGCUGUGGAGAUUUCUGGGGAAGGAGAUCCCUUGGGGAUACAUGUGGUGCCCUUCUUUUCAUCCCUGAGUGGCAGGAUCCUAGGACUCUUCAUCCGAGGCAUCGAAGAAAACAGCAGGUGCAAGCAGGAGGGACUAUUUCAGGAAAACGAAUGCAUUGUAAAAAUCAACAACGUGGAACUCCUGGACAAAACUUUUGCUCAGGCCCAAGAUGUCUUCCGUCAGGCAAUGAAAUCUCCCAGUGUGGUCCUCCAUGUGCUUCUGCCUCAAAAUCGUGAACAAUAUGAAAAAUCAGUCAUUGGACAACUGAACAUUUUUGGCAACAAUGACAGUGCUUCAAGAACAAAGGCACCACCUCCCACCCGUGGGAAAGCAGGGCUAAAGGCAGUAAAUCCAACAAGAGCAAACAGCCCUGAAGGAGAGGAGUCACCUUCCCCGCAGCAAAGCAAGAGUCCCCGAGUUCCAAGAUUAGGAAGAAAACCUUCCUCUCCCUCACUCUCCCCUCUCAUGGGGUUUGGCAGCAAGAAAAAUGCAAAAAAAAUUAAGAUUGACCUUAAGAAAGGCCCCGAAGGACUUGGUUUCACUGUGGUAACUAGAGAUUCUUCUAUACAUGGUCCUGGUCCCAUUUUUGUAAAAAAUAUCCUACCAAAGGGAGCAGCAGUAAAGGAUGGCCGCCUACAAUCAGGAGACAGAAUUUUAGAGGUAAAUGGCAGAGAUGUCACAGGAAGAACCCAGGAAGAACUUGUGGCCAUGCUGAGGAGCACUAAGCAGGGAGAGACGGUAUCACUGGUCAUUGCCCGCCAAGAAGGGAGCUUCCUGCCCCGAGAGCUGAAAGGAGAACCUGAUUGCUAUGCACUCUCCCUGGAAUCAAGCGAGCAGCUCACCUUGGAGAUCCCCCUGAAUGAUUCCGGCUCUGCUGGUCUUGGAGUUAGCCUGAAAGGGAAUAAAUCUCGAGAAACUGGGACUGACUUGGGGAUUUUUAUCAAAUCCAUCAUCCAUGGAGGUGCUGCUUUCAAGGAUGGCCGUCUCCGAAUGAAUGACCAACUGAUUGCUGUUAAUGGGGAAACUCUUCUGGGAAAGUCCAACCAUGAAGCCAUGGAAACACUGAGGAGAUCCAUGUCCAUGGAAGGAAACAUCCGGGGCAUGAUCCAGUUAGUGAUUCUGAGGAGACUGGAGAGACCACUGGAGGAGAUUUCAGAAUGUGGAGCACUUUCCAGACCAUGCUUUGAGAACUGUCAAGAAGCUCUGAGCGCCUCCAGGCGAAAUGAUAGUAGUUUAUUAUAUCCGUGUGGCACCUAUAGUCCACAAGAUAAAAGGAAAGACCUAUUGCUUCCCAGUGAUGGGUGGGCUGAGAAUGAAGUACCGCCGUCCCCGCCACCACAUCCCAGUCUGGAAUGGGGCCUUGAAGACUUCAGUCACAGCUCUAGAGUGGAUUCCACAGGAUAUUUUCCAGAUCAACAUGUCAAUUUCAGAAUUGUGACACCAGUCGGGCAGCCCGAAUCAAUUAACCUGAAAGCCUCCAAGAGCAUGGACCUUGUGCCAGACGAAAGCAAAGUCCAGUCACUGGCUGAUCGCAGGUCAGACUCUCCAGGCAAAGAUUUUGGUCCAACCCUGGGCCUGAAAAAGUCCAGUUCCUUGGAGAGCCUACAGACUGCUGUGGCUGAAGUCAGGAAGAAUGAUCUGCCCUUCCACAGACCCAGACCACACAUGGUGCGAGGCCGGGGCUGCAAUGAGAGCUUCCGAGCAGCCAUUGACAAAUCUUACGACGGGCCAGAAGAGGCAGAAGCUGAUGGUCUGUCUGAUAAGAGCUCUCACUCGGGCCACACAGCUCUGAAUUGUGAGUCUGCCCCUCAGGGAAACCCUGAGCUAGAUGAUGUGGAAAAUAAAGCCAAGAACGUCAAAAAAACAAAAGAGAAGGAGAAGAAAAAAGGAAAGGGCAAGAUGAAAGUCAAGGAAAAAAAGCAGAAAGAGGAACAUGAGGACACAGAGAGGAAAAUGAAGAGGAAGGGCUUCGGCGCCAUGCUGAGAUUCGGAAAGAAGAAAGAUGAUAAAGUUGGGAAAACGGAACAGAAAGGUACACAGAAGUCCGGGCACCCAGGAGAAGAAGAGCUGGAAAGGAUGAAGGAAGAAAGGGAGAGGAUUGGAGCAAAACAUCAGGAGCUAAGAGAAAAGCAGGCGAGAGGCCUUGUUGAUUAUGCCACUGUAGCGACUGGACCAGUGCACGAUAUAGACGACGAUGAAAUGGACCCCAAUUAUGCCAGAGUGAACCACUUUCGGGAACCAUGCACAUCAGCAAAUGUCUUUAGAUCUCCAUCUCCUCCUCGAGCUGGAACACUUGGUUACCCUAGGGAUGGACGCCCACUGUCUCCAGACCACUUAGAGGGUCUCUAUGCCAAGGUCAACAAGCCAUAUCAUCCACCAGCCCUAGCUGACAGUGGACGACCCAUGGCAGGAACCACUGACCGCAUCCAGAAGCUUCGGAAGGAGUACUACCAGGCUCGGAGAGAAGGGUUCCUUUUGUAUGAAGACGAAGAGGGAGUAACAAGGCCGUCUGACUAUGACCUGCACUGGGUGUCUGGAAAGGGUCCAGACGGGAGCGCACACAACCUCCGCUUUGAGGGGAUGGAGCGGCAGUAUGCAUCCUUACCCAGGGGAGGCUCAGCAGAUCCUGUGGACUACCUGACAGCUUCACCCCGAGGGCGCUACAAUGAAAGAGAGCUUCCAUACUACCCAGGGCCUCAUCCUGUGCAUUCCCCAAGAGGGAGCUAUCCCAGACCCCCGGAUCUGAGGGUGACCGAUCUACGAUACCCACAGUACUACCCACCCCCACCAGCCCAUCAGCAUAAAGGACCCUUCAGACAAGAUGUUCCUCCGUCACCACCUCAGCACCAGAGAGUACCAGUCUACCAGGAGAUGGGCAGGGCAGGGCCCCGAGGGGGCAGCCCUGACCAGUACCCCUAUCGUAACCAGGAUCCCAGGCAGAAGAAUCCCAUGACUGCAGCAGUAUAGCUGAACAUCCCAGAGAUCUGCCAAGCAAGGAAGAUAUCCAACAUCAUCUUUGCCAUUGCUAGAACCUAAGGCCUUCUCCGGGCUAAGGUGUCCCAUGGUACAGCAUGGCUCUUGCUUCCUGAGGAUGCAUGGCCUAACUGUAUCAGAGGAGAAAAAAGGGACAAGGGUGUGGGGAUAUGGAUUCAAAAAGGAAGAAGGAUACGAUCAUAAAAACAGUAUUUCCUGAUACUUGAAAGGCUUGCAGAAUCGGUUGAUUUGGUGAGAAAGACAAUUGAUUGAAAAUCAAUAGAGCUACACUAUAGUAGCCCCUGGCUAGAAAAUCAGCGCUACUUACAACCCUUACAACCCCACACCCCACACCCCACACCCCACACCCCACACCCCACACCCCACACCCCACACCCCACACCCCACACCCCACACCCCACACACAGUAGAAGCAAUAGUACAGAGGCAAGAGUCUCUCUCUCUCUCUCUCUCUCUCUCUCUCUCUCUCUCUCUCUCUCUCUCUCUCUCUCUCUCUCAGUCAGGCCUAGUCACCCGUUCAGAGACUCAGCCCUAUCCUUGGAGGUGUGGGACCUACCAACUGGCAGAGUAGAGAGGCUGCAAAUAGGCAUCUUCAGAAGCACAAUGUUCUCACUGAACACAAAGCAACCACAUACACGACUAGUGACCUCUUGGAAACCCUAGACCCAAAGGAAGACUGUAUUUCCUUAUUUACAGUCUAGCUUGGGUUCCCGGUACUACUUGUUUGAUACAAGCCUUUUGCACUUCCUUGCUUUUGAUAUAAAGGACAGUAAUUUGAAUUCGAAUGCAGUAUUAGUGUCCUGGGAGGAUGUGAGCUGGUCAGAGCUUCCAGAAGGCAAUUCUUUCCAAGCACCACAGUGAGCAGGGGAAGAAGGUUGAUGCCCCAUGGUCCUUGCUUUCCUCCCUCCUCGUCCCUGGCACGCUUGCUUGGAGAUAGCUCCUUUCAGAGUCUUCCUCAAAUGCCUAUAAUUACCUUAGCCUUCCACUUAAGGGCUCAAGAAUACCUGUGAGUGGGGUGUGUAAAGAAAACAGAGCCUGCUGCCCAGGCCACACGAGUGUCAGUUCUAGACACAGUGCCGAACAGUACCCAUCUGCCCUGGGACAGCAAGUAGAUGGAAGUGUGUGCGUGUGUGUGUGCGCGCGCGUGUGUGCGUGUGCGCGUGCGUGCGCACAUUCAAACACAUGUGACUUGCAGUAUGGAGAAGAGAAGAGAAAAUUGCCUUCUGGAUGUUUAAUGAGGAAGGAGUCAGGCAGGGAAGUGAAGGGAGAAGAUGGUAAGAUUGAAUCAGUCUGCAUCUGCUCACUCUCAUUAACAAAUGUCAGGGCAAAGCUAAGGUCUUCGCCGGAUUUAAAAGGAAAGGUAUUCUGGCUCAGGAAACUGAAAAGCCACCCUUGCUUCCUUGGAGCUCUCCUAUGCGUGUAACACAGCAUCUGAAGCUUCCUGUGUGUGCGUGCGCAGACUGACACAGCAGAAACAGCCCAGCAUUGGGGGUUCCCAGAGACCGAUUCGUAGUUUAAACCUUUCACAUUCCCACUUCACCCCACCCCUCCAAAAAGCCUUUAGUUCAAUAUAGACAUAUUUUGGCUGAAAGUAGAAUACCACUGACCAAACCGUUUUACUGAAUUGUAGUGUUCUAGAUCCGUAGAGUAGUCAUUCGGUCCAAUUGUUCUUCCUUUUUUUAAUCUAAAAUAUUUUUGUGACCAGGAAUGAUGCAAGUGCUGGUUUUUGACGUAAAUAGCAUCAUUUGCUGGACUUAGGAGAGAUGGUUAUCGAAACCACAAUUGCCGUGGCCCUCUGAAAAAUAGACUGUCGAGUUGCUUUCUGUCCUUCGCCAUCUCUCUUCAGCCAGCAACCUUAAAUCAUAUGUAAUUUGUUCAAUGGAGCAGAGGACCCCAGGCUCUGAUUAACAAGUUAUUGUGGCUACACUCUAGGGUCCCUGGCCACCAUGCUGGAAAUGGCCUUUCCUUUGAGCCAAGGAAUCCUGAAAGAAAAAUGCAGUGUGGAAUUGACGGGUGUGGGGAGCAUUAAAUCAACUCUUAAGCCAGGAAUGGUACCAUGUGUCUAGAAUCCCAGCAAUCAGGAAGCCAAGGCAGGAAGGAUUUGAGGUGGAAGCUAGCCUGAACUCUAGGUUUUAAGAUCAUAUAACAAGACCCUGUAUUUUUUCUAAAAAACAUCACUCUUCAUUGUGUUCUAUAUUUUCCUCAGAUUUCUGUAAAGCAUUGAUUUUAUCCACGGCACAAGUUUCCCCUUAUAAGGAGGCUAGAUAGGCCACUUGCAGGCUGGCCAGGGGUAGGUGACAGUGGUGUGCUACAGAGAACUUGGCACUUGAGGAUAACUGCUCUGCUCAUGGGUUCCAGCUCCAACACGCUCACCCUGAUUGCACAGCACCCCUACGUGCAGGCUUCAGAAAAGCUUCUCCAGACCUUGGCUUUGUGUUGUACACAGUCAAUCCAAUAGCUGCUAAUCCUGAGAAGCCCACAGAGGUCCAAAUGUAUUAUUAAAGAGAACAACAACAAAAGUCAAAUGAAACAGCUUUCUGUUCUUGCUUAAAGUAUAGCAUUCACUGCAUCUGAUUCUACCCUAAAGAACUAACAUUGUGUUUGUGACCAAGGCUGCAUCAAGCCAAGCAAUGGUUAAGAACAGCUGGGGCAGUAGGCUUUAUCAGUGCCUGUGUAGCAUCCAACUGUCUCCCCUCCACUGCUGUAAGACCGUUUUUUCCAAGGCUCCAGCAAAGCAUGUGGCUGUCUGGAAGGCCAGGCCAUGAUCAGCAGGUCCCCCAGGAGAGAGAAAUAGCUAUCAGUAUGUUUACAGCCUUGGGAAAACUCAUUAGGGAAUCUCUCUGUAGCUGGGAACUCUAACAGAGAGAAAUAGUUUUUAACAAGAGCUACAAACCUGCUACUGGGCCCUUCUUCGCCCCCUUUUUGUAUGACUAGAAAGAUAUGAGAGAGGAGAUCCACUGAAAGCCUUUACUCUCCCAAGAAUUCGGCCUUCCACAAGAGAGAGAAACGUGCCUCAUGGCUGAGGUAUCAGCCCUGUUGGCUUAAUACUGUUUCCCCACAGGGCCAAGUCAGUGGACAAACAAAGGAACAUUUUCUUCAAUCAUGAUUUCAUAGCAAGCAAAGCUUAGGGAAAAAAAAGUCCGAAACUCAUUAUUCUUCAACUUUGAGAACAUCUAUAUGGGGCCCACAGGACUACACGGAGCAAAAGCCUGAUGUAUUCAAUAGCACUGUAGAGAAACAGAACCUUGGAGGCUUUAUGGGGCCUUGUCUCUACUACUGACAGAAUAAAAUUAAAAAGAGACCCAGUGCCUUGAUUUUUUUUUAAGCUAGACCUACCUUAUGAAGGAAAUCCUCCUGCAACUUCAGGAUGAUCCGAGAACUGUUUUCUCUGUUCCCUGGUCCACAGUGAGACCAAACCUAAAAAGAAUAAUUACCUUUCCCUCACUGGAAAUCAACAAAUUUGUUUUUUUUUUUGUUUUCUGUUUAGUGAUUGAGCAAUGUUAUAGAAUUUCAGGCCUGUGGAAGGAAUUGAAAAGUGGUGGAUAGAGGAAUGUGUGUCUGAAAAUUCCCAUCAGAUUGAACACCGAGAUCCACUGUGCGCAGCUUUCAAACUGCAUUAAAUUGGGUAGACAUCCCACUGCUUCCUGGGUCCAUGCAAACAGAAAGUCCAAGUUUUAUACAAUUAGGCGGGAGGGUGUUCCAUUCAGAAAAGUCCAUAGUAGUGUUUCUCUGCUCUCUCAGUUCAUGCCAACCUAGGGUAGAAACGAGGCUACAGUGAGACAGAAAGGGGGAUUCUUCAUAAGGUAUCCCUACAAAGUCACCUUUCCCAUAAAAAAGAGGAAAAAUAGAGACUAAAAUAAGCCAGGACUCUCAUAUGCAACUGUGGCUUCCAAGUACAACUCUUUCUCCCUCCAGUCAUGUAGUCGCCCACAGACUGGCUUUUAAAAGCUAGGUUUGGCUGCUGAGUGGGAAGUGAGCCGUUCCCAAAGACGCUUCGAGCCCCUCUCUUGAUCACUUCAGAAAGUGUUCCGUUCCAUAUGCAGAACUAUUUACUAGUGCAACAUAAAACAAAGCCUGUUGUCUAUACCCUCACUUUCUGUAGUCUUCCCUGUUCUUUUAUGAUUAUCAAGUCAUCUGUUCAUACGUUCUAAAGAUACAUUAUGUGAAAUCAUAGUUUGGCAUAUGGGAAUGGAGAGUGAAUUCUUUACAAACUUUUUAAAAUAAUCCCAUUUAUAUCACCGAAGACAUUUUGGAUGUUAUUGUAUAUGAGUAUAUAAAUUUUUCAUGUUUUAUUUUGCAUUGGAAUAAAGCUUUAUUCAGUCAGUGA